GGAAGGGAGCGGCUGUAUCCUCGAACCGGGGAAAGAGAAUACUCAGAGCAGAGCCUGCGGUGGCACACAAUGGAUACUUGUCCGUCUCUAAAGGUGAAAAAGUGAACAGAUGAGGUGGAGGACUUCUUCCUCAGCACACACAGAGACAUCACCUUGCAGCGUUCAUCCGUGGGAGGAGAGGAAAGACUUGGGACUGUUUGUUGCCCUCAGGAGGAAUUCAAGGUGAACUGAACGAUCCAACAGAGACAAAUGUGACAACUAUCAAAAGAAGUGUACGAAUCGAGCCCCGACUUCUUGACAUGAAUCACUAUGUGUUUGCAUACCUGACUUGACCAAACGACUGAUCCUGUUACUGCUGCGUUACAUCCUGCUCGCUGAGUGUGAAUGUGUGGCCUUGAGGUAUUUUCGAGGGACCGUAUGGCACAAUACCACACGAUAUAGGUCCCUUUCUAUGAACUAACAUGGACAAAGUGGUCAUCAGUCUCCUGCUUCUGGGAACCGCAGUAACGAUGGUCCAUGCAUGUCCAAAAUACUGUGUCUGCCAGAACCUCUCAGAGUCUCUAGGGACUCUGUGCCCCUCCAAAGGCUUGCUCUUUGUCCCGCCAGACAUUGACCGGCGAACUGUGGAGCUCCGGCUGGGCGGAAACUUCAUCCUCAAGGUCACCACCCUGGACUUUGCCAACAUGACGGGUCUUGUUGAUCUCACCUUGUCCCGUAACACCAUCAGCACCAUCCAGCCUUUCUCUUUCAUCGACCUGGAGACCCUAAGAUCCCUUCACCUCGACAGUAACAGGUUGACUGAGCUGGGACCCGACGACCUCCGAGGACUGGCCAACCUGCAGCACCUGAUCCUCAACAACAACCAGCUGAAUCAGAUCGCUGACACAGGCUUUGACGACUCGUUAUCGACAAUGGAAGAUCUGGAUUUGUCGUAUAACAACUUGCGCAAUGUGCCUUGGGAAGCCAUCCGCAAGAUGGUUAACCUCCAUCAGAUAAGUCUGGAUCAUAACCUCAUAUUGUACAUUUCUGAGGGGACUUUUACAGAUCUGGAUAAACUGGCCCGCUUGGAUCUCACCUCCAACCGUCUCCAGAAGCUCCCUCCAGACCCCAUCUUUGGGCGCUCACAAAGCAAUGUAGUGAUGAGCACUCCUUAUGAACCUCCGCUCUCUCUAAGCUUUGGAGGAAAUCCAUUGCACUGCAACUGUGAAGUGCUUUGGCUUCGAAGGCUAGAGCGGGACGAUGAUAUGGAAACUUGUGCAUCUCCUAAUAGUCUAAAGGGGCGCUACUUUUGGUCUGUUCGUGAGGAGGAGUUUGUUUGCGAGCCCCCUCUGAUCACGCAACACACACAUAAAUUACUAGUGCUUGAAGGCCAAACGGCUAGCCUGCGCUGCAAAGCAGUCGGGGAUCCGAUGCCAACUGUGCAUUGGGUUGCUCCUGAUGAUCGUUUGAUCAGCAACUCCUCCCGAGCAACAGUAUACGAAAAUGGCACCCUGGACAUUUUAAUCACCACAUCCAAUGAUUACGGGAUUUUUACCUGCAUAGCUGCCAACGCUGCAGGGGAAUCUACGGCCUCCAUUGAACUGUCAAUCAUUCAACUCCCCCAUCUGAGUAAUGGUACAAACCGUACCACACAGUCCAAGUCAGGGCUUUCAGAUAUAACCAGUUCUACCAAGAUCAGUAAAGGGGAGCCUAAACCUCUACCAGAGAAGGUGGUUUCUGCAUCAGAAGUGACUGCCAUCUCUGCACUGGUCAAGUGGACUGUUAGCAAAUCAACUCCAAAGGUCAAAAUGUAUCAGCUUCAGUACAAUUGUUCUGAGGAUGAAGUCCUUAUUUACAGGAUGAUUCCCACGACUAACAGAGCCUUCAUAGUCACAAAUCUUGUCCCAGGAAUGCAGUAUGACUUGUGUGUCUUGGCCAUCUGGGAUGACACCGCCACCACCCUAACUGCCACCAACAUCGUCGGCUGUGUCCAGUUCAUAACCACGGAGGACUACCCGCAGUGCCAGUCUCUCCACAGUGGCUUCCUGGGUGGCACCAUGAUCCUAGUCAUCGGCGGCAUCAUCGUGGCCACGCUGCUGGUGUUCAUCAUCAUCCUCAUGGUGCGGUACAAGGUGACAAGUGGCAUCCAGACCGAUAAACUACCUGCUGUGAGCAACACAUACUCGCAGACCAACGGGGGGUUGAACCGGUUCAGCGGUGCCCAGCCGCAGGUCAAAUCCACAGUGGUGGUCAUGCGUGAGGAAAUGGUAGAGUUCAAGUGUGGAUCCCUCCAGAGCAGUCUAUCUUCAUCAUCAUCAUCUUCUAACUCAUUAGACAGCAAAAUAGGAAGGGGGGCUGGCGACCACUACAGCAUGCAGAGCAGUGAAUGCAGCACCUUGCCCAGCAGCAAGUUCAGGAGGCAUGGCACCAAAGCACGGCCAAACCUGGACCACCUUUUAGGGGCCUUCACCUCACUGGAGCUGCGGGGGGUAGCAAGGGACCACCACCGGGCUUCUGGCCCCACUACCUCUUCCAAUGCUAUGAUCACGGUAGCAAUGGUACCCCCGUCUGACAAACAACCCCUGCUCGGUAGGGCCGAAUCAACCACCAUGCUGGAACGUCUGUUAGGGAUGCCCCAAGAGGGUAAGCCCAGGAGGAGCCACUCGUUUGACAUGGGUCACGUGGGGGCUGCACAGUGUCGCGGCAGCCACCCUCGCAGAAUCAGUAACAUCUGGACUAAGCGCAGUCUGUCUGUUAACGGCAUUCUGCUGCAGUACGAUGACAGUGAGGACGAGAAACCUGCUUUCGAAAGCGCGGAGUGGGUGAUGGAAAGCACAGUUUGAGUGGGUCUUACUAUGAGGUCCAUGGCCAAUAAAUCUAUAUCAGGAGCUAAAGGGACAUGAGUGUUUUGGCAGGGUGUUGCAAAUGGGAAUCUGCCUUUGGGUAUUGCAUGAAGUUCAUCCAUGUGAAUACUGUCUAAAUUAUGUGAGAAAAGACACUAAAAUCCAUAGAUUACUGGCCAUGAUCUCAAAUCUCUGAAAGUGUCUAACUGUAUUUCAAUACUGUUCCCAUGUCAAAACAACACCGCUUCCUGGAUUGUGCAGUGGGAAUAAUUUCCCAACCACAAGGCAUAUGAAAGUGUCUCAUAGAGAAAGAGGGAGGAAAAGGAUGAUCAAUUCUGAGUGGAUUUACUAAGUCUUUAUCGAAAAACUGAAUGCCAAGAGGAUUUGCUUCGGCUGUGGUGAACUGAAUGUGCGUCACAAUGUCUUGGACCCUCAGCAUGAAAUGGGACUACUGCAACAGAAAAUGGGACUGCUGCAACAGUAGCGAGAAAGACUGGAAGAGCGAAUAGAACAUUAAAACAAAGUCAUUUUUAUUUUCAUCUUGGU